AUGCCUUCUUCUGCCCCCGCCCACAGGCACUGCACACACAUGGUGCACAGACAAAAAUAAAUAAAUAUUCUGAAUUAAAUUACCUUCCAAAAGCAAUCACCAAUUCAACAAGUACCUGCUAAGUAACAUCAAACUUCUUAACUGGUUCUCACUUUUUCACUUUUAACAGAAUCAAACAGUAGUUCACACUAUGAACAUGGAAAAUUCCAUCUGUGAAGACAGUUCAGAUUCAAACUGAAUCACACAUAAAUAAAAUUGUAAGAAUUGAAAAUUUGAUCAAUAUCCAUCUUGCAAACAAAUAUUGACUAGCGUUGUUGCUCAGUAAGUACAAAGGAUACUUUUGUCAAAAACAUACACUCUCUUGACACACUUGCAUUUUCAGUAGCAGAGCCCAGUCUGUGCAUGAGCCUCAUAAACAAGCAAGGUCUUUUCUUUCUGUGUCCUCAAAUCUUUGCAGCCCACCAGUCAAAAAGGCUGUCCUAUACUGAGGUGAUAAAUGAUUGAAUGAGUAUUGUCAACUUAAUUAUCUAUGUGCAAAGAUUUCAGGCAAGGAUUCAAAGUAAAAGCAAAGGGUUUGAAAGGUGUUUAAAUCAUCCUCAAGACACAUCCUAGGACACAACUCAGAGUUCUCAGGAUAGCAUGUGUGCCACCAAACACACCAAUUACCCUUUGCCUUUCCUCUUUCACUGCCUCCUCAUGAGUCUGCAUUCCUUCAGAUCCUUGAACUUACUAUGUGGCUUUCCAUCAUAGAGCACAAAGCUAUGCUUUCCUCUAUCUCUAGUCUUGUUACUUUGCUUUGGGAAUUUGGAUUUAUUUUUGUAUGUAUCAGACUAUCAGUUUCUUAGACAAGUUUAUCUUGAGCCUCUAAAAGUGGUCCCCAUUCCAUGUUAUCUUUUUCUCCAUACUUGGUGCUAUCUGUUCAAAGUUCUUGUAGUUACUCAUAUCUGCAUUUAUUUGUUUCCAAUCUACUCUCAUUAGAUAAUAGUAAGAUCAUGUUUUUCUUUUCAGUAUCUUUUCAUUUUUAGUAUUUGCUUAGCACAUAGUAGGUAUUUUAGCAACAGACUCAAUGAACAAAAAUGUGUUUGCCUUGUGGGAUGAGUCUAUAUCAGGAAAAAAACACAUUUUUUUUUCUUUUUCAUUCCAGUGCUAAAUCUUUGGGUUUGGUGUUAGCAUUUAAUGCCAGACAAGUGUGGGGUGACUUACUCCUAUUGUCCAGAGUAACCAGCUAGAGAGUGUAGACGCAUAGUGAGAACUGACACCUGACCAGAAGCAUUCAUUAAUGUGAAUGAAUAGUUUGUGAAAGGUUUUAAGAUAUCUUUCAGUAUAUCCAUAUAUAAAAACAAAACUCAAGUUGUAUUCUUUUUAAUACUUACCAUUUUUAUUCAGUAAUUUUGAGUGUGUUCAAAGUGGUAUGUAUGUACUUAUAUGUCUAUAAUAAUGACAUGUAAUCUCAUUCAUAUAUUAAUACAUAAACACAUAUGUGUGAAUGCAUACCUCUUGACUUAUUGCUUUGUAGCCCUUUUAACCAAUGGGAUUUCAGUAUGCAUUGCAUUAAUAUAAACUCCUGGAUUGGCUUAACUACCUCUGAUGUCACAAUUUACCCAUUAGGAAGUCAUAAGUUUCUUGAAAUCACCUUGAACUAAUAACAUCUCUUGAAUUUUCAUUAUAAGAAAGAUAAAGUACCAAGAGGGAAAAUGCUGGAAGGAGCAAGAUAUCUUCCAUCCAGGCAGACUUUCUUCAUUUCUGUGCUUCAGUGAUCUGCUCUUGACAACUCAGCCUGGCUCCUGUACCUCCUUUUACAGCAGAUGUUCUUUCAUUUUUCAUGCCUGUCAGUUAGUGGAGGAAUGAACCCACUUGGACUGACUCCUUCAGCCUCCAGGUCUGUUUCAUCUCGAUUGUUGAGGCUUAGCAUCUUUCUACUACUUAGCCUCCCUGCCUCCAGAGGAAAAGCAAUAUGGACGGCUCAUCUGAAUAUAACGUUCCAGGUGGGAAACCGGAUCAUAUCAGAGCUAGGAGAGAGUGGAGUGUUUGGGAAUCAUUCUCCUCUGGAAAGGGUGUCUGGUGCCGUGGUACUUCCCGAAGGAUGGAAUCAGAAUGCGUGUAACCCCCUGACCAACUUCAGCAGGCCUGAUCAGGCAGACUCUUGGCUGGCCCUCAUUGAACGAGGAGGCUGUACUUUUACUCAUAAAAUCAAUGUGGCAGCAGAGAAGGGAGCAAAUGGGGUGAUCAUCUAUAAUUAUCCAGGUACAGGCAACAAGGUGUUUCCCAUGUCUCACAAGGGAACAGAGAAUAUAGUUGCAGUGAUGAUAGGCAACCUCAAAGGCAUGGAGCUUUUGCACUUGGUCCAGAAAGGUGUCUAUGUGACAAUCAUCAUUGAAGUGGGGAGAAUGCACAUGCCCUGGCUGAGCCACUAUGUUAUGUCUUUGUUCACCUUCCUGGCAGCCACAGUUGCUUACCUUUUCCUAUACUGUGCCUGGAGACCCCGAGUGCCCAGUUCUUCUAUCAGGAGGCAAAGACAGACAAAGGCCGAUGUGAAGAAAGCUAUUGGUCAGCUGCCACUCCGAGUGCUCAAAGAAGGGGAUAAGGAGCUAGAUCCAAAUGAAGACAACUGUGUUGUUUGUUUUGAUAUAUACAAAACCCACGAUGUAAUACGUAUUUUAACUUGCAAACAUUUUUUCCACAAGACGUGUAUUGACCCCUGGCUUUUAGCCCAUAGGACAUGCCCCAUGUGCAAGUGUGACAUUCUAAAACCUUAAGAAGCCCAAGAUCUUUCCACAGAUUAAAAUUAGAUGAACUCUCUCACUGCACUGUACACACAGAGAAAACUUGACCCUUGGUUCCACUAUCCAGCCACAGAAGAUGAAAUUUAUGUGCUGUGAAAAUAAAACUCCAUAUCAUGCCCAUUAAAUGUUGUCUUUUUGA